AUGGUUGUUCAAGCGCGCCGCAAGUGGUGGCACAUCCAGUGGUAUGCCGACACCGACACGCCCGAGGAGCGAAAGCUCAUUGGCAAAUUGGAUCUUUUGAUCGUGCCUUACGCUGUGCUCAGCUACUGGAUCAAGUACAUCGAUCAGUCAAACUUGAUAGAAGACAAUGCCUACGUCGCAGGUCUCAAAGAAGAUCUUGGGUUCAAGGGCAAUGAGCUUGUCCAGCUCCAGACCUUCUACAUCAUCGGCGCCGUCACGGGACAGAUCCCGAUCAUGUUCCUGCUUACCUACAUCCCAAUGCACUGGUUGAUACCGUGUCUUGAUAUCUGCUGGGGCGUCUUCACGCUUCUUCAGUUCCGCGUUACUGGUUUCGCUGAGCUGGCUGCAUACCGCUUCCUUGUUGGAUGGUUUGAGGUCAGUUCGUGGUACCGUGGUGACGAGAUCGCCCGGCGCGGAGGCAUCUUCUACGUCGGUCUCUCCUUGGGCACGCUUACCGCAGGCUUGAUUCAAGCAGGUGCAUCAGCCCGUCUGGAUGGCGUGAACGGCCUUGCAGGCUGGCGCUGGAUGUACAUCAUCUGCGCCCUCAUCACCAUCCCGAUUGGCGUGCUGGGCUACUUCGUGAUACCCGGCACACCGGAGCAGCCCAACCGUCUGGUGUUGAAGAGAGAAAACAUCGAACUCAGCGUCGAGAGACUGAAGCGCGCAGGCCACGCGUCCCACGGGAGGUUCAAGUUUCCAGCUCUUAAGAAGAUUAUCCUAUCGCCGCAAUUCUGGGGCAUCGUCAUUGUCGACGUGCUCUUCUGGAACGCGGGCAUCCACACCAGUUCCGGCAGCUUCUUGCUCUGGAUCAAGAGUCUUGCGCGGUAUUCCGCGGCCAAGGUGAACGAACUUGGUACCAUCGCACCCGCGUUGGGGAUAUUCUAUACCCUCUUUGUCUGCUUCGCUUCCGACCUCGUCAUGGGCCCGGCUUGGGCGAUAACGAUGUCGAUCUCCUGGAACAGUAUCGGCCUGAUCAUUCUGACAAUCUGGGAUGUCCCCGAGCUUGCGAAGUGGUUCGCCUUCUCGACCAUCUACUCCUCAGUCGCGAUGUCGAGCGUUCUUCAUGGUUGGGUUAACACGCAGUUGCGCGCAUCGCCCGCAGAACGAUCGUUUACUCUGGUGCUCAUCAACGCCAUCUCGCAGUCAUCAACCGCGUGGACCCCACUGCUGGUGUUUCCCACAGUCGAGGCACCGCGCUACCGCAAAGGUUUCGCGUUCACACUCGGUUCCUCUAUUUUGCUCAUCAUUGCGACGCACAUUCUGCGAUUAUAUGUCAAGAGACGAGACCCCCAGGUCGAGAAUUCCACAGGCUUCCCUGACACUCACAGCGACGACGGGGCCACGGUAGAGGAUGGAAAGAGACCACCUGUUGUGGUCAGUGGCAGGGAUGAUAGAAGCGACUAA